CCCCACGGUUAAAGUUUACAAUUAAAUUUUUAUUUUAUUUAAUUUUGGCUGAUUAUACGAUAAUGAAAGUACUUAGCCCUCCAGGAACCCCCCUGAAGUGCUAUUUUUAAGUGGGGCAUUUUUAUUAUUAUGAAGGCGUUCUUGUCAAUUUGACAACUGACGGUUGUCAGUUUGGGAAAGUGGGUAGUGGUGUUUUGUGAAAAUCGUGGAAAGCGCUAGAAAUGGUGGAUAAAUUAGUGAACAGUGAAGCCAACACCAGGCGAAUAGCCACCGUAGAGAGCUGUUUCGGAAAUUCCGGACAGCCCCUGGAGGUCCCGGGGCGUGUCCUAGUCGGCGAAGGUGUCCUAGUUAAAAUGUGCCGAAAGAAACCGAAAACCCGACAGUUUUUUCUAUUCAACGACAUCUUAGUCUACGGCAACAUCAUAAUAAACAAGAAGAAAUACAACAAGCAACAUAUCAUUCCCUUAGAAGAAGUCAAAUUGGAAAAUCUCGAAGAUGACAAUCAAUUCCGGAACGGCUGGCUGAUCCGGACCGCCUCCAAGUCGUUCGCCGUCUACGCCGCCACGGCCGUGGAGAAGCAAGAGUGGAUGGCGCACAUAAACAAGUGCAUUGAAGACCUGCUGCGGAAAAGCGGGAAAAAGGCAGUGGAAGAGCACGCAGCUGUGUGGGUGCCCGACGGCGAGGCCCCCGUGUGUAUGCAUUGCAAAAAGACACAGUUCACUCUAAUCAACCGGAGGCACCACUGUCGCAAGUGCGGGGCCGUGGUGUGCGGCCCCUGCUCCAACAAAAGAUUUCUUCUGCCCAAUCAAAGCUCCAAGCCUUUGCGGGUGUGUCUGCACUGCUACGAUGUGCUCACGUCGGCCGCUAAAAACCACAAUUCAGCCACAGACAAUUCACACAAAGAUCGAAAUAAUGCUGAUUCAUCAGGAGAGGAAGACUCGGAUGACGACGAUGAGACCAACAGAGGUCAACCGGAAUCCCACGAUUUGUUUCAGAGCCACUGCCUCGGUUACACUUGUUCCUAAAUUUUACGGCGACAGCGAAAGAACCGAUGAUCUACACUGAAAUGCACUUCCAGUCGGUAUAACCCCACAGAAAUAACAAUAGUGUAAAAAUAUAUUUUUAAUAUGAACUCAUGGUAAUUGUGUAUUCGGUAGAAUAUAUGUAGAUAUUGAGAAUUGUACGUCAAUUUCCUCUUAUACAUGAAAUAUGUGUAUUUCGAUGCAAAACUUUUGAUAAUAACCAACAAUGUUUGCUCAAAUAUUCGAUCUAUUUGUCAUUUUAUACUUCUUGAUAUUUACAUAAUAUCGAUCCGGAAUUAUUUUUAUUGUAAGAAUUUAAGUUAUAACUGUAGUUUUAAUGGUGGAUAAGGACUUGUCCAAGAAAAUAAUCAAAGCAUGUACAUUUUAGCAACUGUGAUAUAGUUGGCCUAUUUAACGGAAGUUCUAAGGGAAGAGGGUGUAAAAUUCAGUAACUUUUUCAGCAUAGGCAUUAUUGGACUGACAGUUAUUACGUCCAGUAGUGCACCCUCAGAUUAAGUUAUCAUCACAGUACACAAUUGUUGAGAAAUUAUACGCAAUUAAACCAUUUAUAUUAUUUAAAA